GUUUUGUGCUCCUGUACCCACUAUUUAAGCUGCAGACUCGAGUCGUGAUUCCUCAGAGAUACGCAACACCUUCUGAUCAACCUACUAUGCCGCCACCUGCUAACUGGACAUUUGCCGCAUCAAUCAAGAACACAGAUACUAUCCUAGUCGACUCGGAUGAGAUUGAGAACUGUUGCUCACAACAAAUUGAAUAUCUUCGUGCCCUGAAGGCUUCUUGGUACGGGACUCACUAUGACUCAGAAGUCCUGGCUAGCUGGAAAUCGCUCAAGUUAAGUGGAACACCGUCGGAGGAUGAUGGAUAUCCAGUUGCAACUGCAUUCAAUGUGCAGAUCAUCGGCGCCCAAUUGUCUCAUGUGUCAACCUCCGAGACCCUUGUUUCCGACUUGGAGAAUAGUGGAGGGUCGGACGUGAACGUGGACCACUCUACAGUGCAUGAUGGUCUCUGCGCCAGGCUGAGACGACCAGUGUCUGUUACGCGCUGCUCAAGCUCUGCAUACUGGGCCGGGUGGUACCCACUGAAGGCCGAUGAAGCAAAUGUUGACCUUGCCAUGACGCUGUUUCAGGUAGCCCAAGUACUGCAGUAUCAGGACUCACAGUUCCUGGCUGAACACGUUAUCGCCACUGCAUUUGAUGGCAUUCCUGGCACCUAUGUUCGAAGGAAGAACUUGGGCAUACUGGGGCUUAAACACACUGAACACGCAAUUGAACCCGUCGAUUGCGCAGUAAUUCAUGUCCCCACAGGGCGUUCGGUCGAGUCUGCCCUCGAAUACCUGGCUCACAUCCCGAUCAGCGCCAAAAGCCCAGCAUUUGUUCUCUGUAUGAAGGGACCUAUGCAAUGGGAAAGUGGCUCAUGGCAAGCCGGUUCAACGGGAUCACAGAGGCCAGACCUGCAGUCGAUCAUACACGAUUUGGCACGGUUGGCAGAAGUCAGCCUAUCUUCUAUGGUGCAAUGGUGGAGCACACCUAGUACAGAUGCACAGACUAUAGCCUUCCCGCCCGCUUGUGCGAUGACAAUUGGCCUUGUCUACGACUCAGAGAACAUCCAUAUGGUGGCGCAUAUCCCCUAUCACACAGAUGGCAACUACAAGUACCUGUCGCUGCUCUUCGAUAAACUUCCCUUCCCCUCCCGAUGCACUGGAAGUGUUCACGAGUUCAUUCAAGGUCGCUACCGAGUCGCACUCGCACUUCUCUCCCUACAGCAACACAUCUGUCGUCUCACCGAGCUCCCACAACAGCGGCACCUGGAUUCUGUGCAAGCACCGCUCAUCGUGCCAUUCCCUGGGACGCGUGUCGAUGACGAACAGAUACAAGCUACAGACAAGUCGGAAACAGAGGUAGAGGAGCCGUAUGGGCUAGGCCGGGAACAAGUCGAGAACUGGCGCCGGCAGACGACUCGGACGCUCGAAGCAGGUAUGGAACCAGAACUUCAAGAGUAUAUGACCGGGUCCGACUCAGACAGGCCCAGAUCAAAGGAUGCUGCGCAUCAGUCGUCUGUCAUGCACUUCAAUGAUGACUCGGACUCCGCGGAUCCAAACUUUACUCCUAUCAGUCCUGUUGAGGACGUGUACAGGCGUUUCACUGUCUCUCUGGAACGGGAAGACCAGCAACUAUUGUCUCUUAUGAAAUGGCUUGCAUCUCCGAGUCAUUCCUGUGAUACUUCGAGUGACAGUUUACUAUCGCUGACAAGAAUUGUGUGCGGCCACGAUACAAUACUGCCAAUGGCUCCACUGAUGGCUGAGCGAUGGAAGCACCUUUCGCUACCAUGGGGAAAAGUGUAUGAGUCUGCGAAAUUGUUGCGUUCCUACGCCCGCGACGCAACCAGGGGAUUUUUCAUGACCGGUUUCAACAAGGAGCGGACAAAGGCCAUUCCUGUGGGGUUCUAUGAAACACAAGAGUACGUCACUCAGAGUGAUGGUGAUACGCAUGCGCCGCAAUCUCAGGCUACUACUGUUACUGCCGCACAAUUGACCUCUGGUCUCGUCAAGAAAACCAUGCAAUUCUGCAGUCAAUAUAUGACAUCCGAGGACAGUUCUUGGCUGGGCUCGGGCUCUGGCCGCUCCGACGACUACAUGGAGUCGGUGCCGAGGGUCUACGUUCGAGAUGACGCGACAGCGGAGCAAAGAGCCAGUAUCUUGACUCUCUUUCACCCCUGUGCUCCUUCCUUGCAGCUAGUACAAGAGCUGGCUUCUGAGCACCUCAUCGGAGACACGAUCCUGAAACUCCUUGCGCCUUACUCGGGCUAUUUCGCCUUUGUGCCUCCAGUCAUAGGGGCCCAUUCCGCCAUCGACGAGAACUGCCACCUUCCGUUGGCAGUGAUCUUACCUGGCGAUCCUAGUAUCAAGACGAAAGAUAUUCCGGGUGUGAGGCGUCGUAUGGCUGAAACUCUCAGUCGUACUCUCACCACGCUUGUCUUGCAUCAUUACCGCAACAAUGACUGGAUGUACGAUCGGAAACUGACUGAGGAAGAUGCAGCGAUUCACUUGGACAAGCACUUCUUCGUCUUCAGUAUCUUCUAUAAGAGGGACUACUUCAGCAUCGACAUCAACUACCCCGUGGUUGAGCCAGUCAUUCCAAAGAGCAAGGACUACAUCUGGAGAUUCUGCAGUGUAGAGGGAAUGCACAGGACGCUGGAGGACCGUGUGCCACUUGGUCCCGAGGAUAAACACCCUAUUUUCCAAGCACUUCUAUUUGUCGAACAGCAUAUACACUUGCUGCGACGUAAACUUACCUCCAGCGGGAUGGAGCUGUAGAUUAACACGGUUGCUUACUUCCUUCUGUAAUCAUUCCACUUCACGAAGCGACACAGAUGUAGAUUGAUUGUAACAAACCUGUCUUCAC